AUGCCGCGUAAAGCGAUUGACUCGCGCAUCCCGGCCCUCAUUCGCAAUGGCGUCCAAGAGAAGAAGCGCAGCUUUUUCGUGGUGGUCGGAGACCGGGCGAAGGAUGUGAUAGUGCAUCUUCACUACAUCAUGUCCAGUGUCGAUGUGAAGCAGAACAAGUCCGUGCUGUGGGCAUACAAAAAGGAUCUGCUGGGUUUCACAAGCCACCGCAAGAAGCGAGAAAACAAAAUCAAAAAGGAAGUCAAGCGUGGCAUUCGCGAACCGAACCAAGAGGACCCCUUCGAGCUCUUCAUCACUCUCAACCAGAUUCGCUAUGUUUACUACAAGGAGACUGAGAAAAUUCUGGGUAAUACCUACGGCAUGUGUAUCCUGCAGGAUUUCGAGGCUAUGACUCCGAAUCUGUUGGCCCGUACUGUCGAGACAGUUGAGGGAGGUGGUAUGGUGUUGCUGCUGCUAAAGAGCAUGAACAGCUUGAAGCAGUUGUACACAUUGUCCAUGGAUAUUCACUCGAGAUAUCGUACCGAAGCCCAUGACGAUGUGGUUGCCCGCUUCAAUGAGCGCUUCAUUCUGUCGCUGGGAAGCUGUGAUUCUUGCUUGGUUGUUGAUGACGAGUUGAAUGUGCUGCCAAUCUCUGGUGGUAAGAAUGUCAAGCCGCUUCCUCCACCCGAGAGUACCGAUGAGUCGAGCUCGGGUACUAAGAAGGAGCUGAAGGAGAUCAAGGAGAGCUUGGCAGAGUCUCAACCCGUUGGACCACUCGUCAAUCUGGCCCGCACUGUCGACCAGGCAAAGGCCCUUUUGACCUUUGUGGACGCCAUUGCGGAGAAGACCCUGAAGAGCACCGUUGCUCUGACUGCUGGCCGUGGACGAGGAAAGUCUGCUGCUCUUGGUGUUGCAAUCGCCGCUGCUAUUGCCCAUGGAUACAGCAACAUCUUCAUCACAUCUCCUAGCCCGGAGAAUUUGAAAACCCUGUUCGAGUUCGUGUUCAAGGGCUUUGAUGCCCUGGGAUAUCUCGACCAUGUCGAUUAUACCAUUCUGCAGUCCACAAAUCCGGAUUUCAACAAGGCCAUUGUGCGAGUCAACAUUCACCGAAACCACCGCCAGACCAUCCAAUACAUUCAGCCGCAGGAUGCUCAUGUUCUCGGACAGGCGGAGCUGCUGGUGAUUGAUGAGGCCGCUGCCAUCCCGCUACCCCUGGUGCGGAAGCUGAUGGGUCCUUACCUGGUGUUCAUGGCUUCUACUAUCAAUGGUUACGAAGGAACUGGUCGAUCGCUGUCUUUGAAGCUGAUCCAGCAACUUCGCGAACAGGCCCGUGGUGGUAUGAAGAUUGACGAUACAGAUGUUGCUGACCGCAGCACUGGCAAAGCCUCGAAGAGCGCAGACAAGAACCUCGGUGGUCGGUCUCUUCGUGAGAUUACCCUUGCAGAGCCUAUUCGAUAUGCUCCUGGUGAUUCUGUUGAGAAGUGGCUCAACAAGGUCCUGUGUCUUGAUGCGACACUGCCCAAGUCUCGCAUGAACACCCAAGGUUGCCCUCACCCAUCACAGUGUGAGCUGCUCCAGGUAAACCGCGACACCCUUUUCUCUUUCCACCCUGUCUCCGAGAAGUUCCUACAGCAGAUGAUGGCGCUCUAUGUCGCUAGUCACUAUAAGAAUACUCCCAAUGAUCUUCAACUUAUGAGUGAUGCGCCUGCUCAUCAGCUGUACGUUCUUGUUCCUCCAAUUGACGAGGAGGCUACCAAGCUUCCCGAGCCGCUGUGUGUUAUUCAAGUUGCCCUUGAAGGUCGCAUCAGCAGACAAAGUGUCUUGAACAGCUUGAGCCGUGGUCAGCGCGCUGGCGGUGACCUGAUUCCUUGGCUGGUCAGCCAGCAGUUCCAGGACGAGGACUUCGCUGGCCUUUCGGGUGCUCGUGUCGUUCGUAUUGCGACGAACCCCGAAUAUGUUGGCAUGGGUUAUGGCUCUCGCGCUCUUGAACUUCUGGUCGACUUCUACGAGGGCAAAUUCACGAGCCUGUCGGAGGACGCUGUUCUUCCUCAAGAGGAAAUGGUCCGUGUCACUGAUGAAGAGCUCACUAACUCGAACCUGCUGGAUGAUAACGUCCACGUUCGGGACAUUCGCUCUAUGCCGCCUCUUUUCGGCAAAUUGAGCGAGCGCCGCCCCGACGCUCUGGACUAUAUCGGUGUUAGCUAUGGCCUUACACCAUCGCUUCACAAGUUCUGGAAGCGUUCCUCCUUCUCACCAGUGUACCUGCGCCAGACUCCUAACGAGUUGACUGGUGAGCAUUCAUGUGUCAUGCUUCGCACGCUAUCUGCUGGUAUCAACGAUGCGGGCUGGCUGGGUGCAUUCGCCCGGGAUUUUCACCGCCGAUUCCUCGCUCUUCUUUCCUACCAAUUCCGCGAGUUUCCCUCGGUUCUCUCUUUGAGUAUCUGUGAAUCCGCCAAUGCUGGUGCCAAGCUUGACACUUCUGCUGUCCUGCGGACUCUGCAGAAGGCCGAUCUUGACGCUGCUUUCUCGCCCUUUGACUUGAAGCGUCUGGACAGCUACGCCAACAAUCUCCUUGACUAUCACGUUAUCCUGGACAUGGUCCCUGCUCUCGCUGAGUACUACUUUGCCAACCGCCUCGGCGGCAAAGUUAGCCUCUCCGGUGUGCAACAGUCGAUCCUGCUUGCAAUUGGUCUGCAACGCAAGAGCAUGGAUACUUUGGAGAAGGAGCUGAACCUCCCUUCGUCUCAGCUUCUCGCCAUGUUCCUCAAGAUCAUGCGCAAGGUCUCCACUCACUUCCGUGGCGUGAUUGAGGGCGCGGUUGCGGAUGCUAUGCCCGCGACACAGAUCCCCUCCGGUGCCGGUGUGGGUGCCCACGAAGAGGAUGUUACUGACGAUCGCUUUAAGCCUCUUGAAACCGGACUGGAAGAAGAGCUUCGUGAAGGUGGAGAGCAGAUCAACGAGGAGCUGCGCGAGAAGCAGCGUGCGCUGAUUGACUCUCUCCCGCUGGACAAAUACGAAAUUGACAACGGCGCGGCAUCCUGGGAGGAUGCUGAGAAGCAGAUCCGUGGCGGCGGUGCCUCCACUGUCAGUGUGAAGACAAAGUCCUCGAAGCGGAAGAAGGGUGAGACUGCGCGCGAGAUCUUUGACAAAGAGGUUGACGCCAAGCGGCAGAAGAUGAUCAAGAAGGGCACCGAGGGCCGCAAAAAAUAG